GAUUGACGUGAUUGACGUCCAAUCAGAGAGGCGGAUCGCUCGAGGUUAGGGAAGCAGCGGCACAUAAUGGCGGAAGCUGCAGGUAAUCUCCCCAGGCCCGUUACACGGUAUUCCCGGAGCCUCCAUUGGGGACAUACCGAUAGCACGGACAGGGUUUUAUUAAACCUUCCGGGGUAUUCAGAGUAGGGGCUUGUGUGAUAGGUUCUGACGUCAUCCGUGAUGCCACAUGUAUAUGAAUGUGUGCUAAUAUAUGACGUCACUACUAGGACUAUCACCGUCAGAAUAACACGCUAUCCCUUCUAAGCCACUAUCUGUAUUACCUCAUCAUUAACGUAUGACGUCACACUCAAUAUCUCUAUGUAUCUUAUCUCAUUACCCCAUCAUUAACGUAUGACGUCACACUCAAUAUCUCUAUCUAUGUAUCUUAUCUCAUUACCUCAUCAUUAACGUAUGACCUCACACUCAAUAUCUCUAUCUAUGUAUCUUAUCUCAUUACCUCAUCAUUAACGUAUGACUCACACUCAAUAUCUCUAUCUAUGUAUCUUAUCUCAUUACCUCAUCAUUAACGUAUGACGUCACACUCAAUAUCUCUAUCUAUGUAUCUUAUCUCAUUAACUCAUCAUUAAUGUAUGACGUUACACUCAAUAUCUCUAUCUAUGUAUCUUAUCUCAUUACCUCAUCAUUAACGUAUGACCUCACACUCAAUAUCUCUAUCUAUGUAUCUUAUCUCAUUACCUCAUCAUUAACGUAUGACCUCACACUCAAUAUCUCUAUCUAUGUAUCUUAUCUCAUUAACUCAUCAUUAACGUAUGACCUCACACUCAAUAUCUCUAUCAAUGUAUCUUAUCUCAUUAACUCAUCAUUAACGUAUGACCUCACACUCAAUAUCUCUAUCUAUGUAUCUUAUCUCAUUACCUCAUCAUUAACGUAUGACGUCACACUCAAUAUCUCUAUCUAUGUAUCUUAUCUCAUUAACUCAUCAUUAACGUAUGACGUUACACUCAAUAUCUCUAUGUAUCUUAUCUCAUUACCUCAUCGUUAACGUAUGACGUCACACUCAAUAUCUCUAUGUAUCUUAUCUCAUUACCCCAUCAUUAACGUAUUACCACACACUCAAUAUUUCUAUCUAUGUAUCUUAUCUCAUUACCUCAUCAUCAACGUAUGACCUCACACUCAAUAUCUCUAUCUUAUCUCAUUACCUCAUCAUUAAAUUAUUACCUCACACUCAAUAUCUCUAUCUAUGUAUCUUAUCUCAUUACCUCAUCAUUAACGUAUGACGUCACACUCAAUAUCUCUAUCUAUGUAUCUUAUCUCAUUAACUCAUCAUUAAUGUAUGACGUUACACUCAAUAUCUCUAUCUAUGUAUCUUAUCUCAUUACCUCAUCAUUAACGUAUGACGUCACACUCAAUAUCUCUAUCUAUGUAUCUUAUCUCAUUAACUCAUCAUUAACUUAUGACGUCACACUCAAUAUCUCUAUCUAUGUAUCUUAUCUCAUUACCUCAUCAUUAACUUAUUACCCCACACUCAAUAUCUGUAUGUAUCUUAUCUCAUUACACCAUCAUUAACUUAUUACCUCACACUCAAUAUCUCUAUGUAUCUUAUCUCAUUACCUCAUCAUUAACCUAUUACCUCACACUCAAUAUCUCUAUGUAUCUUAUCUUACUACCACAUCAUCAAUUCAUUGCCCAAAACUCAAUAUCUCUAUCUCAUCUUAUUACAUCAUCAUAAAUUCAUUACCUCACACUCAAUAUCUCUAUCUAUAUAUCUCAUGGCAUCUUAUUACCUCAUUAUCAAUUUAUUACCUCACACUCAAUAUCUCAAUAUCUCUAUUUAAGCCAUCUUAUUACCCAGUCGUGAAUUUAUUACCCCACUAUCUAUCUAUCCCCAUCUUAUUACCUCAUCUCUAUUUAUUACAUCACUAUCUAUCUUUCUAUCUAUCUAUCUAUCUAUCUAUCUAUCUAUCUAUCUAUCCCCCAUCGUAUUACCUCAUCACAUCACACCCAAUAUCUGUAUCUAUCCUCCAUCUUAUUACCUCAUCACCAUAUAUGACCUUACACACACACUAUCUGUAUCUAUCUAUCUAUCUAUCUAUCUAUCUAUCUAUCUAUCUAAUUUUAUUGAUUAGGUAACUGAAAUAAUAGAUUAAGGUGGUGCCAUUGACAUUGCUUACAUAGAUUUCAGGAAGUAAUAUCAGGAAGUAUAACUUUACUGAGAGGGUAGUGGAUGCAUGGAAUAGCCUUCCAGCUGAAGUGGUAGAAGUUAACACAGUGAGGGAGUUUAAUCAAGCUUGGGAUAGGCAUAAGGCUAUUCUAAAUGUAAGAUAAGGCCAGGGAUUAAUAAAAGUAUUGAGAAAAGAGGUAGUAUCAAUGCAUUAAAACCCCAUUAAUGUGAAGUAGUUUUGGUGCUAAGACUGUCCUUGUAAUAUGGUAUGCAUGUAAUAUUGCUGCUAGACUGAGCAGUGUUUUUAUUAUAUUUCCUAUCCAUCCACCUCACCUCUAAAAAUCAAUUGACCUCAAUCCCCAUUAUUCUAUCUUUCCCUAUAUCCCUACACCUUACCCCUCCGAAAUCCAUUCACCCCUCCCCCAAGCAUCCAUCCAUCUAUUUCCACUCCCCCCAUAUCUAUCUAUCUAUCUAUCAUUAAUUACAUAGCGCCAGCAAAUUUCGUAGCUAUCUAUCUAUCCUCCCAUAUGUUUACCUCACACACCCAAUAUUUCUACCCAUCCGCACCCCACACUCUCAUUAUCCAUCAUCUACUGCAUAUUAUCUAUUCAUCUCUCCUCCAAUUAUGGGCCAUCUUCACAGAUUUACACCCAGUAGAGAUCAGGUGUUUCAGCAUCACUGAUUGGUUAGAGGCGAAUAAAAUCUAGCACGUAGCUGUAAAAUGCUCACUGUUAAACAAUGGCAGCACAGUGGGUCAUACCAGUGACUUUAAAUGGGACAUAGGAUGAUCGUUUUGCCACAAGUCAGUUCAUUAAAUUUAUGCUCUACUAGAUCUGCUGUAGCAAGUGCUAAUAUUGUGAAUUGAAAACAUCUAGGAUCAACAAAAGCCAGCCAUUAGGUGGUAGACCACACAUAGUCACUGAGCAAGGAGUCACUGAAACGCUACAGUGGAAAAAUUGCCUAUCAUUAAUUGCAUUAGUCACUACCGGGUUUCCUAACUGCCUCAAGAUGCAACAGUAACACAAAAGAUCUAAAUGAAAUGCGAUUCUAUGGAUGGGCAGCUGUACGCAAGCCUCACAUCAACAUGCGCAGUGCCAAGUGUUGGAGUUGUGGAAAGCAUGUCGCCUUUGGACUAAGGAGCAGUGGAAACGUGUUCUCUAGAAUGAUGAAUUACGCUUCACUGUUCCGCAGUCGGAUGGAAGAGUCUGUGUGUGGUGGAUGCCAGAAGAAUGCUACCUACCAGAUUGCAUAAUAACUACUGUAAAGGUUGAUGGAGAAGAGAUAAUUGUCCUCUAGGGCUCUUACCGUGGGUUUGGGCUAGGCCUUUUAGCUCCAGUAAAGUGUAAUUUUAAUGUGAUAUGAUACAAAAACAUUUGAGAAUGGUUUGACUAAAAAAAAUGUGGAAAAGCACCAGAGAACACCUGACACCAUAACCACUACAGUGUGCCCUCUUUGAAAUCAUUAAUAAUCUAUAUAAUAGAGGCACUGUAAUGUCAUGUCAUGCUGGAACAGGAAAUAGCUUUCUCCAAACCGUUGCCCCAAAGUAGUUAUUACCUAAUAUUCUAAAAUGUCUUUGUAUCCUGUUGCAUGAUUACUCUUCACUGGGAUAAAAGGGCCUAGCCCAAACCCUGAAAAAUUGCCUUGCACCAUCUCUCCUUCACCAAACAUUGCAGUGCCAGGAGCACCUCCUUGCUGUAGUCCAACAUUCUCUGGUAAAGUCAUCCAGCUUGAUAACUUUUAUCCUUUCAGAUGUUUCUCACAGAGAAGCAUUGGCGACAGAAAUCAUGUGCAGCUGUGAGAAGCAUUAGCAACAUUACCUACAUUCAGCAUCAUCAUGUUGUGUAUGUUGACAUCAAAUGUGAAGUCCUUGAAAAAUUGGAUGAUGUAAGGAGGAGGAAUCUCUUGUCUUUUUGAAAGUUACUUGAGGCAUGCUUUUGGACAAAUGUAAAUAUUGCCAUUUCUCAGAAACUGCAAAGAUUUACUGUGUUUGAGAAAAUAGGUAGUAUUAAUGCAUUAAAACCCCAUUAAGGUGAAGUAGCUUUGGUGCUAAGACUGUCCUUGUAAUAUGCUGUGCACGUUAGGUGUUAUAAUAAUAUUGCUGCAAGACUGAGCAGUGUUUUUAUUAUAUUUCCUAUAACUAUUACCCAAUUUAAUGGUAUCUACUUUCAAGGAUGAAGGGCUGAGUCAACCCUGUGACCCCCAAGGGUUUAACAGGUUCUACUGAUGAUACAUUAGCCCACUGAGCUAUUGAUUAAUUAGCUAUUUGAUAAAUGAAUCCCCACUUGCCUUUUCAGCUCCAGGACUGGAGCCUUCACACUCUCUGCCUCCUAGAGCAAUAACAUCUUGGAGCCCCACGGGUCCAUUACCAGUGCAGAAUAUUUAUUUUGAUAUUGGCAAAGAUCCCAUAAGUCGUAUAAAUUUUGUUUACAUGCCCUCCGUUAGCAGGCAGCAAUGUGGGGAGUUUGUCAUGCUGUGGCUGCACGGCUAAUUAUCAAAAUACAUAUUAUUUAAAGUUUGUAAUUUUCUACUCUCUGUUUGGGAAAUCAUUAAGAAGAAGGAUUUGGAAAUCGCGCUAUGCUUCCCAGUCAUUGGUUUGCCAGAACGGGCAUUUAAUUAGUGAUUUUUUAAAUGUCUGAUUACUAAAAAAGGACCACUGUAGUGUCAGGAAAACAAACCCGUUUUCCUGACACUAUAUAAUCCUUAGUAUCCCCCCACCCUCAGGGCCCCCCUCCUGCUGGGCUGAAGGGGUUAAAACCACUUACCUUUAUCCAGUGCCGGGCUUCCUCUCCUCCCCCUCCGACGUCAGCUCCCGAGUGGAGCCGAAUGUGCAUGCGCGGCCAGAGCCUUGCGCGCAUUAAAAACGCCCAUAGGAAAUCAUUUCUCAAUGCUUUCCUAUGGACGUUCUGCGUGCUGAAUGCGAUUUUCGCUUUGAGCGUCGGGGGAGCGCCUCUAGCGGCUGUCAGGAAAACAGCCACUAGAGGCUGGAUUAACCCUGCAAUGUAAACCUGCUAUGUUUACAUCUGAAGGGUUAAAACCUGGGGAACCUGGCACCCAGACCACUUCAUUGAAGCGUACAGUAACUGUGCAAAUAGCCACACAGGACUGAGGUAACAUAAUCAAAAAGAAGCAAAGUGUAAACUGGGACUCUUGAGUCCUUCAUCACUAAGCAUUAUGCUCAUAUAAACAGAGUACAUAGUCAAAAUCACAGUGAGAGCACGCAAGCGUCCAUAGGAAAGCAUUGUAAAUUGUAAAUGCUUUCCUAGGCGACCGGCUGAAUGCGUGCGCAGCUCUUGCCGCGCGUGCGCAUUCAGCCGAAUGGGAGGAUCGCAGGAGGAGAGCUCCCCGCCCAGCGCUGGAAAAAGGUAAGUUUUAACCCUUUCCUCUCCCCAGAGCCGGGCGUGAGGGGGACCCUGAGGAUGGGGGCAACGAGUAUGUUUUCCUGGCACUAUAGUGGUCCUUUAAGCGAGGCUGGGUAGACCCAUCCUUAACAUGUUACUGUCAUGUGGCAGGGGAUGGUUGAGGUCACUAGGGGAUCAGGCAGGUCCCAAAACUGCCAAACCUGGUCCAGCACCUCAAAAUGUACCAGAAAGCUCCUCAUAUCCUCUCCAAUGGUAGGCGUCUCUCUGUCAGUGACCCGGGGCCUGUCCCCUCAGCCGUGUCUAUUGGGGAUCCGUAUGUCAGCAAAGCCUGGAAGUCUGGGCGUCAAGCAGCCAGUGAGUCCAAAUAUCUGUGUAUGUCUGUGUACGUCCCUGGGACGCAAAGGUCAGCUCCUUUAACCAUCGUAGGUUCUCCAUUUUGUCAAACCAUAAUGUCAUGGGCGGGGGUUCCUCUUUUUUCCAGUAAGGGGGAUAACCUGUUUGGCUGUGUUCAGAAUCCGUAUGGACAAAGACCUUUUGUAUUUGGCGGUUGAAGUGGUGGUGUGAUGUAGGAGGAAUGGCGCUGGUGUGAAAGCGGUUGGGUUGUCCGAGAACUUCUCGAGGAUGGCACUAAUUGCCCUCUAGAAAGGUUGGAUUUUAGGGCAAUCCCACCAUACAUGCAGGGACGUGCUCAAUGCGGCCCAACAGUGCCAACAGUCGCCGUCUAAGGUAGGGUUAAUGUUCUGGAGGAGGAGCAGUGUUUUAUAGCAUUGUGUUAAGACUUUAUAGGCUGUCUCCUGAGUUCUGCUAGCUAGUGCACAGUGAUGCACUAGAUUGCAAAUCGUCCCCUAUUGGUUGUCUGUGAGGGUUUCCCCGAGGGCCACUUCCCAUUUCCCCAUGUAGCUAGGUGCCUGUGAGUUCCCUUGUGUUUGGAGUAGGGAGUAUAGAAAAGAGACUGCGUGAGAUUGUGGGGCAGGGUCUAUACAAUUUUGUUCGAAGGAGGUAAGAGUCCUAUACAAGUCUGGUUGUUUAGGUACGUGGACGAAAAACCUUUUAAGUUGUUCGUACUUAAACCUAUGCUUGAAUGUGCCUGCGGUGUCCCCCAAUAAGUCAUCCAGGGUCUUGAGUCCCUUCCCCUUAGUCAUGUGGCGGACCUGGACCUGUGCGUGUUUAAAGAAGCAGACGUAGGGUCUGCCCCCCAAGCCCGGUGGGAAGCCAGGGUUAUUGGUGAGGGUGACGGGAAAGAGGAAAGGCCCAAUUUUGAUCUCAAGAGUGGCCUUAACACAUGGCUGGUGACCCAUGGCUGGUUAACACCCUACUCUCUCCUUGUGUCAUCCAGACUAGAGUGUGCAAGGAGCUGCCUGUUUGGCGUUGCUCGAUGUCUUUCCACAAUUUGGUAACCUUGCCCUUGGCCCAUUCUAGUACUCUGUACAUGUGGGUAGAGUAAUAAUAUAGGAGAAAGUCAGUCACUGCCAGCCCCCCCUCCGCCUUCAGUCUAGUCAGAAUCUGGUAACGUAUUUGAGAUUUCUGGGAGCCCCAUAUAUUUUUUAUCAGCAGCGAUCUUAGGGAUGUGAAGUACGUAGCUGGAAUCUUGAUUGGGAGCGUCUGAAACAGUUAGAGGAUGCAUGGCAGGAUAUUCACCGUAGUCACUGCAAUGCUUCCUAGCCAAGAUAUGUGUGGUAGCAUCCAAUCUGCAUAGACAGCAUUGGGGUGAAGUUUGUCUCAAACAGUUGGGCGUUGUCCCUAGUUACCCAGACCCCCAGUUCUAUCCGACCAUUAAAUUGAAAGUUCCCACACACAAUGGUAGCCCUGGUCGAAGGCACUGAGAUAUUGAGCAGCGUCAACUUGGUAUAAUUGAGUUUGAAGUUAGAUAGGUCUCCGUAGAGCACAAACACAUGCAUGAUAUUCGGCAUUGUGAUCUCUGGGGAUGCCACAAAGAACAGGAGAUUGUCCGCGUAAGCAGCUGCCUUGUGCAUCUCGGGCAGAUAUGGGUUUAGUCUGGUGGCCAGUAUUUUCGGGCGUAAGGCCGAAAAUAUCACCCCCCCAAUAUCAGAUAGCCCUCAACAAAGGCUAUUAGGGUCUGCAGCGUGGCCUCAGAAAUCUGCCUUGUUGUGAGUUAGGUGCAUAGAUGUUGGCAAAAGUGUAUUUCUGGCCUUGUAUCUCCCCCUUUAUGAAAACGUAUUGACCCUCCAGCCCCACCAAGGUUGCGCCAUGAAGAUCCGGGAUUGACUUGUGAAUGAGGAUAGCAGUUCCCCUAGCUUUGCCAUUAUGGUUAUUCCCAUAAAAGCCCAUCGAGUAAAUGUGGUUGGUCAGUUUCAGGACGUAGCCCUCCCUAAAGUGUGUUUCUUGGACAUACACCACAUGGGCCUUCUGAGCCUUAAAGUACCGCAACACAAGUGAUCUUUUCUCUGGUGUGUUCAGUCCCUUGUCAUUGAGGGACAUCAGCCUCAGAUCAGUGGGCAAGAAGGAGGAUGUGGGGCCUGACAUGGCUGACCAGGAGCUGUUGGGGAGGGCCUAGCUAAAGUAUACUAAGAUGAACCGGGUCACCGGCUACGCGUAGUCAGGAGUUAGAAGAAGAGAGGGGCACCACUGGGUGUGCUAAAGGUAAAAAACAAAAGAUGUAAAGAAAAUAUAAGCUUGGGAACUCGGGUCUGUCAAAGUGCGUGGACGGUGGCCAGCUAUUGUAUUUCCUCUCACCAGCAUUAGAGAGGCAUAGAGUGCUGCAUACAGUCAGCUUUACAAAACUGUAAAUUAAGCUUUGAACAGGCUGAUACCUGUCACAGUAUGGCUGCUAGAGACUUAUUGAGCAUUUUUACUGUGAUUGGGGGCUUAAUUAUAUGUUCUGUAGCAGCACUUGCUUGUACAAGUGCUGCAUUUUCAAAGGAUUUAUUUCCUUUUAAAUCAUUAAUUAUUUUAAUAAUUAUUUUUCCAAUAAUCAAUUUAAUACAUUAGCUCUAGGAUAGAUUAAAAACAUUUACCAUCACUUCCUCCCUUUUUUGUUCCUUUAUCUUUGCGACAGGGUUUGUCUACUAAACCAAGGAUUGAGGUGUAUCGACCAUAACAUUUCAAAUUCUAAGUCAAAAUAGUGAAGUGAAAAAUAUUGUAUCUGUAUUCUUUCACUGUUUUACGCCCCAUGCCCUCCACCCAUAGGUAGUUCCAUGCAUCCACCACACUGUGAUAAUACAUUAUUAUGAUUCUUUUAACGACCAUUUGCCUCCAUUCACCUCCUAGGCUUCUGAAAGUAGCUCCUGAAGUCUGGACAGCACCGUCUGCUGAUGCCCCCCACAAGUAGCGGUCAUGCAGAGGGGGGUCCCUGGAAAGGUGGAGGGUGAUGAGCAGAGGGGCAGCUCAAAGAUCCCCUUGCCAUCUACUUCUCAAUCCCCCCUCCCUGUUUUCAUAUUCCCUCCAUCCCUGGAAUUCUACGCCGAUGACCAAGCUAGCCACAAGCAGGUCCUCACCCUCUACAAUCCAUUCCCAUGUGUGCUACGGUACAAAGGUAUGUGUGAACUCAGUAUGGAAAUUGUAUCAGUGGCAUUAUGUUGGAUGUGGACAAGUCUGCUCCAGUCAGCAGACAGCAUUGGUAGUGGGCUGCCUAUGCUAGGGUGUUUAUGGUGUCCAGUCAGUCAUCUUCUACAGUUUAUUGGUGCAGAGGCCUAACUUAUAAUGAUUUAGUACCAGGAAUCAGGUUGAUCUUUGACCUUCAUUCCCUUACAAUUUUAGCCAGAGCCAAAACUAAAGUUAAAGGUUGUGGCAUCAUAUUCUGUAACUGCACUCCCAGCAUUCUCAAGGUGUAAGUGAAUCACAAUAGAAGUGUAGCAGGAUGUUAUAUUGCACAGCUCCCAUCAUAGUUUAAUGUGAUACUUCUGCUGCCCCCACCAGAGCAUAAUGAGAUAUUAUAUUAUUACGCCCCAUCAUAGUGUAAUGGGAUAUUAUAUCAUACUGCUUCCAUCAUAGUGUAAAGGGAUAAUAUAUUAUACAGCCCCCAUCAUAGUGUAAUGGGAUAUUAUAUUAUACCGCCCCCCCAUCAUGAUGUUAUGUAAUGGGAUAUUAUUAUUAUUUUAUUAUUUAUAUAGCGCCAACAAAUUCCGUAGCGCUGUACAAUGGGUGGACUAACAGACACAUAAUUGAGAUCAGACCACUGACGUACAGUUGAGGGCCCUGCUCGAUGAGCUUACUUAUAUUAUACCGCCCGCCAUCAUAGUGUAAUGGGAUAUUAUAUAAUACUGCCCCAUCAUAGUGUAAUGGGAUAUUAUAUUAUACCGCCCCCCCCAUCAUAGUGUAAUGGGAUAUUAUAUUAUACCCCCCCAUCAUGAUGUUAUGUAAUGGGAUAUUAUAUUAUACCGCCCGCCAUCAUAGUGUAAUGGGAUAUUAUAUAAUACUGCCCCAUCAUAGUGUAAUGGGAUAUUAUAUUAUACCGCCCCCCCCAUCAUAGUGUAAUGGGAUAUUAUAUUAUACCCCCCCAUCAUGAUGUUAUGUAAUGGGAUAUUAUAUUAUACCGCCCGCCAUCAUAGUGUAAUGGGAUAUUAUAUAAUACUGUCAUAGUGUAAUGGGAUAUUAUAUUAUACCGCCCCCCCCAUCAUAGUGUAAUGGGAUAUUAUAUUAUACCCCCCCCAUCAUGAUGUUAUGUAAUGGGAUAUUAUAUUAUACCGCCCGCCAUCAUAGUGUAAUGGGAUAUUAUAUAAUACUGCCCGCCAUCAUAGUGUAAUGGGAUAUUAUAUAAUACUGCCCCAUCGUAGUGUAAUGGGAUAUUAUAUAAUACCGCCCCAUCAUAGUGUAAUGGGAUAUUAUAUAAUACUGCCCUAUCGUAGUGUAAUGGGAUAUUAUAUUAUACUGCCCCAUCAUGAUGUUAUGUAAUGGGAUAUUAUAUUAUACCGCCCGCCAUCAUUGUGUAAUGGGAUAUUAUAUUAUACCGCCCCCCCAUCAUAGUGUAAUGGGAUAUUAUAUUAUACAGCCCCCAUCAUAGUGUAAUGGGAUAUUAUAUAAUACUGCCCCCAUCAUAGUGUAAUGGGAUAUUAUAUUAUACAGCCCCCAUCAUAGUGUAAUGGGAUAUUAUAUAAUACUGCCCCAUCAUAGUGUAAUGGGAUAUUAUAUAAUACUGCCCACCAUCAUAGUGUAAUAGGAUAUUAUAUCAUACUGCUUCCAUCAUAGUGUAAAGGGAUAAUAUAUUAUACAGCCCCCAUCAUUGUGUAAUGGGAUAUUAUAUUAUACCGCUCCCAUCAUAGUGUAAUGGGAUAUUAUAUUAUACCGCCCCCAUCAUAGUGUAAUAGGAUAUUAUAUUAUACUGCUUCCAUCAUAGUGUAAAGGGAUAAUAUAUUAUACAGUCCCCAUCAUAGUGUAAUGGGAUAUUAUAUUAUACCGCCCCAUCAUAGUGUAAUAGGAUAUUAUAUUAUACUGCUUCCAUCAUAGUGUAAAGGGAUAUUAUAUUAUACAGCCCCCAUCAUAGUGUAAUGGGAUAUUAUAUUAUACCGCCCCCAUCAUAGUGUAAUAGGAUAUUAUAUUAUACUGCUUCCAUCAUAGUGUAAAGGGAUAUUAUAUUAUACAGCCCCCAUCAUAGUGUAAUGGGAUAUUAUAUUAUACCGCCCCCCCAUCAUGAUGUUAUGUAAUGGGAUAUUAUAUUAUACCGCCCACCAUCAUAGUGUAAUGGGAUAUUAUAUAAUACUGCCCCAUCGUAGUGUAAUAGGAUAUUAUAUAAUACUGCCCCAUCAUAGUGUAAUGGGAUAUUAUAUAAUACUGCCCACCAUCAUAGUGUAAUAGGAUAUUAUAUCAUACUGCUUCCAUCAUAGUGUAAAGGGAUAAUAUAUUAUACAGCCCCCAUCAUUGUGUAAUGGGAUAUUAUAUUAUACCGCCUCCCCAUCAUGAUGUUAUGUAAUUUAAUAUUAUACCGCCCACCAUCAUAGUGUAAUGGGAUAUUAUAUAAUACUGCCCCAUCGUAGUGUAAUGGGAUAUUAUAUUAUACUGCCCCAUCAUAGUGUAAUGGGAUAUUAUAUUAUACUGCCCCUGCCAUAAUGUAAUGGGAUAUUAUAUUCUGUAGCGCCUUGCCUUAAUGAUAUCUUUAAUUGGAACACACAGUUUCAUCCUAUUCCUCUUGCAGUGCUCUCCACGGCCCCAUUGCAUUAUACUGUGGUUGAUACAGAAGGUCUGGUGAAGCCGAACUCCUGCAUUGACAUGUGAGAUUCACAUACUUAACCUCUCAAACCCACCAAAUAUCUUCUUUAUCCUAAGCCAUCUUACCCUUCCUUCUUCCACCAGCGUUGUUCGGCACCGAGAUGUCCGUGUACGGCACUAUGGGACCACUGAUAAAUUCCGGGUAGAAGUUUGGGAAGAGGGGGGCCACAAAGGCCCUGCUGCUGGCAAGAAGGAAAUAACUGCAACACUACAUCCAACCAAACCUGAGAACAGAGAGAGGGGAUCACCGGAACCACUGCAGUGGCAUCCACCCUCACACAUGUUCUCUGUGAGGCAUGGUAAGAAAUACCCACUAGAGCUGUACAGCAUUACAUUUUACUUUCCAGUAUUUAUAUAUUGAGUGUGGGUAUACAGUCCUGCAUAUUGCUUAUCAGAGUAUAUAUGCUGAGUGUGACGCUACAGCACUACAUUUUGCUGAUCAAAUGUUUGCAUAUCCUGGCAGAAAUUGUGAACUUUUGGCAUUGAUUUUUAAAAUAUGGCUAAUCAUGCAAAAAAAUUAUUUUAUUGAAAGAUAGUGAUCAUAUGAAGCCAUUUACUAUCACAUAGUUGUUUGGCUCCUUUUUAAAUCAUAAUGGUAACAUAAAUCACCCAAAUGGCCCUGAUCAAAAGUGUACAUACCCUUGGAUGUUUGGCCUUGUUACCGACACACACAGGUUAACCCCUUAAGGACGCCAGAAAAUGUUUUUCCGUGAUUGCAGCACUCCCCAUAAGGACGCAUGACGGAAAAUUUCCGUCCAAAACUAAAAUUAACCCCAGCAGGGUUAAUCCAACCUCUAGUGGCUGUCUUUCUGACAGUUAUUAGAGGCGCAUCUGCAAUACAAUAUGCGAAAUUUGCAUCCAGCGUGCAGAACGUCCAUAGGAAAGCAUUAAGAAAUGCUUUCCUAUGGACUGUUUGAAUGUGCGCGCACGGGAGCUGACGGCGGCGGGGGAGGAGAGGUCACCAGCACCGAGGGAGCCCGGCGCUGGAUUAAGGUAAGUAGCUGAAGGGGUGUUAACCCCUUCAGUGCCAAGGGAGGGGGACCCUGAGGGUGGGUGCACCCUUUAAGCACUAUAGUGUCAGGAAAACCACUUUGUUUUCCUGACACUAUAGUGAUCCUUUAAUUUCCCACACCUGUGGCUUCUUAAAUUGCAAUUAGUGUCUGUGUAUAAAUAAUCAAUGAGUUUGGUAGCUCUCACGUGGAUGCACUGAGCAGGCUAGAUACUGAGCCAUGGGGAGCAGAAAAGAACUGUCAAAAGAUCAAAAAAGAUUUCAGCCACAACUGUCAGAAGAAUUGUUCGGGAUUCAAAGAAAACCCCACAGGUAACCUCAGGAGAAAUACAGGCUGCUCUGGAAAAAGACGAUGUGGUUGUUUCAAGGAGCACAAUACGAAGAUACAACAAAAAAUUGAACAAAAAUGAGCUCCAUGGUCCAGUUGCCAGAAAGAAGCCUUUACUGCGCCAAUGCCACCAAAAAGGUCAGUUACAAUAUGCCCGACAACACCGCGACAAGCCUCACAGAUUCUGGCACACAGUAAUUUGGAAUAACGAGACCAAAAUAGAACUUUAUGGGCACAACUAUACGUGCUAUGUUUGGAGAGGGGUCAACAAGGCCUAUAGUGAAAAGAAUACCAUCCCCACUGUGAAGCAUGGUGGUGUCUCACUGAUGUUUUGGGCACCGGGAAUCUUGUGAAAAUUGAUGGCAAUAUGAAUGUAGCAUGUUAUUAGAAAAUACUGGCGGUUCUGGUAGAUAGAGUCUAAAUCUUUUUUCUUUCUGGUAGGGAGACUAAAUUAAAAGAAAAGAUAUGGAGUACCUUUCAGAACUUUGACAUUUGUGAAGAGAGGUUAGGAAACAGAGUAGUACCCAGAAACUCACAUAUAAAGUCCAUACUUGAAGUUGAAAUUUUAUAUUUAUGUACCCGUUUGUUGUGUUUUGUCUUUUUGCAAGAGGAAAAAAGGAAAAAGAGAAAGAAAAAGACACAAUUAGAUAGAAUCUUAACAAAAGAGAUUGUUUUUAUAUGUAAUAUUUGUACGCUGUAAAAAUGAUAAAAACAAAGUAUAAAUAAUUGUAUGUAUGUAUGUCAAAAAUGUAAUAAAAAUGUUUUACAAAAAAAAAAAGAAAGAAAAGAAAAUACUGGCAUACAACUUGCAUUCUUGUGCACGAUGGCUGCGCAUGGGACGCUCUUUGAUUUUUCCAGCAUGACAAUGACCCUAAGCACAAGGCCAAGUUGACCCUCCAGUGGUUACAGCAGAAAAAGGUGAAGGUUCUGGAGUGGCCAUCACAGUCUCCUGACCUUAAUAUCAUUGAGUCACUCUGGGGAGAUCUCAAAUGUGCGGUUCAUGCAAGACGGCCAAAGACUUUGGAUGAUCUGGAGGCAUUUUGCCAAAACCAAUGGGCAGCUAUACCACCUGCAAGAAUUAGGGGCCUCAUAGACAAUUAUUACAAUAGACUGCAUCCUGUCAUUGAUGCUAAAGGGGGCAAUACACAGUAUUAAAAACUAAGGGUAUGCAGACUUUUGAACAGGGGCAAUUUGAUUUUUUACUUUGUUGCCAUGUUUUGUUUUAGGAUUGUGCCAUUCUGUUAUAACCUACAGUUGAAUAUGAAUCCCAUACGAAAUAAGAGAAAUGUGUUUUUCCUGCUCACUCAUGUUUUUUUUUAAAAAUGGUCCAUAUAUUACCAAUUCUCCAAGGGUAUGAGUCUCAGCGUGGCUGUACAGCGCUACAUAUUCCUUACCAAUGUAUAGAUAGUCUGCAUGGCUAUACAGAAUUCCAGCUCUAUACAGUAAAUAAAUCCCACGUAACAGUUGUUUGCCACAUGGUUCCACGCAAUAUGCACUAGCAGGAAAAGCUUUGGCUUCUCAAAGCUACGCAGACACUAUCCUGAGAUAGGAGGCAGAUUAUAUAGCACAUCAUGCUCUUCUAAUCCACACAGAGAUACACAGCACUGCUCUAUAGUACACAGAUAAGCAUCAUUAUAGCGUAGUGUUUGAUCUAAUCUGAAUACAGAUACUGUCUUACUAUACAGGUUUCCCACGGCCACUCUCUCCUGGUCUCUUCACUCUCUAUGUCCUGAUGGGGAUGACAUCACUGGUGGUUCUCAUGCUCCCAUUACACGGAGACCCCCGCACCCUCCUGCACGAGCAUCUCCAUGUGUCAGUCAUCCAGAAACUGGUUGCUGCCUACGUGCUAGGUAUGGAGCACACAUUCUUUGAAUAAUUUACCUCUUCCGUGCCAAGCAUGUAUCCCUUAUGUGGCUUACAAAGUGAAAUAUCUGUUCAAUAUUUGGCAGUCGUGUCACCAAAGUACACGUGUUCUUCUUGAGAAGAAGACAAAAGAUAUUGAAUUCUAAAAUCGUUUGUUUCCAGGCAACAUGCAGCAGAGGCUCCACUGUGUAAAACAUUGUAACAUUGAGACAUCAAAUAAUAGAAUUUAUUCUGGAAUCCAAAUUUAAACUUUUUUUUGCCAAAUUCUCUGAAUGCUAUAUUUUCUUUCAUCUUUGUGUACUGUGUAUUAUAUGAAGGCAACUGUUUAGGGCUAAAACUUUUUUUUCUUAACUGCGAACACACAAAGUUGCGUUUCAUUGUAUUAAUAGAUAAGCUUUAUAUUUUGCAAGUUUAGAGUAGUAAGAGAUAUGAAAGAUCAGACCAAUGAGCAGGUUGCACUGUAGGAGAGGAGACCUAGCAUGCUUUCCAUGUAUGAGGCGGUCUAUCCUAUCAAAGGAAAACAAACCAAAAAAAAUAAUAAUAUAAAUAAAUAUAUAUAAAAAAGUGUGAUGUCCAAUUCAUGGUGGAGCCAGUUUUGUCCCAACCCUUUUCCCAUUGCAUUGGCUCCUUGAUGUUUAACACAAUCCGUAUGUCUCUCGCCCACAGGUCUUCUCACCAUGGUUUUCCUGCAGGGGUGAGCAGACGCACAGGAUGCUGUACUCUCUCUCCUGAUCAGCACUUUGCAUUGGAUAAUUCGCUGUGGGAGGGGGCACAAACUGAUAGGUUUGUCUUUCAAGGAACCGGCUGUAAAUAAACCAUGUGGCAAUGUCCGUGUUGUGUGUAUAUGUAAAAUAAUUUUAUCCGGCGUAUAAUAUGUAUAAACAAUUAAUUAUGGUUUAGCAGUCUGUUUAUACACACUCAUCACAUGGUGUGUGCUAUAUAGAAUGUACAAACACCCAUGGUGCAGGCAGACAGGAAUAAAUGCUAAACAAUGUAACUUUCUUUUUAAUAAAAAUGAAUGGGACCAGCAAAAUGACUUUUGUGUUGUUCACACCAUAGGUACAAUUAGAAACACUUGCCUGUGUCACCCUGCGGGGAGGGGG